AUGCUCCUGCCGGGACCGACUACGAUCAUCAAUCGUUAUGAAUGCAAUCCGGUGCAUCUGGCGACAGUGUCACCCGAUAGCGCCUAUUUGGCUACUGCUAUCAAGACUGGUUGUUCUGGCUCCCGCAUCGUGGUCCGAAAGAUGUCUUCUCACGACUCUGAGGACAACGUUGUUGCUAGUAUAGCGUUGCCAGGCCUGGCAAGCAGCGGCAGAGGUUUCUCUGUGCUCAUCUGGUCUCCUGACUCGAGACUCCUCAUGGCAUCACAUAACGAACACGGGUCUAUCGUAAUUAUGUCACCCAUCGAUAAUCCUGACUGGAAAUGUACCAUUGAGCAAGGGUUUAGAGGACUAGCUGCCUGCAUGUGGGCACCGGAUAGUCG